UUGUCCACAUUUCACAAUCCAAAUCACACUUGGAAGAUGCGCGUCCAUCAAAUACAGAUGGUCCUUGCUGUUCUGGCCCUGUCUGGGGCAGUCCAAGUCCAAGGUGGGGUCCAAGAAGUCCACAACGUGUAUGAACUCUCAGGGCAGAUCGCGCACAAGGCCAGAUUCUCCACAGACGUGGCCGAAGACAAGUACACGCCCCCGGAGGAGAUGGAUCCGCAGUUCUGGUACGACCUGGCCAACGAGGAGAUCAACAAGCGCCUUGCGCUGCCGAAACUCGACACGAAAAUGGCCAAGAAUGUGAUCAUGUUCCUGGGAGACGGCAUGCCUUUGACCACAGUGACGGCGGCAAGGAUCCUGAAGGGUCAGCGCCAGGGCAAGACCGGCGAGGAGUCGUCGCUGAGCUUCGAGAAGUUCCCACAUACGGGUCUUAGUCGGACCUACUGCUCCAAUGCCCAAGUGCCCGAUUCCGCCUGCACGGCCACUGCCUAUCUAUGUGGCGUCAAAACCAAUAUAAUCAACAUCGGAGUCAGCGCCGCCGUAAACUUUAACAACUGCACAGCGAGUCAGGAUCCAGCUAACCGCCUAACCUCCAUUGCGGAGUGGGCUCAGAACGCUGGCAAGGCCACAGGCAUUGUUACCACCACCACCCUGACGCAUGCCAGUCCCUCGGGCGCCUACGCCAAGACCGCUAACCGCAUGUGGGAGUGCGAUACGGACGUGACCAACUAUGGAGUGGAUGCCAGCUCCUGCAUCGACAUGGCCACCCAACUGGUGACCCAGACUCCCGGCAAGAACUUCGACAUCAUGUUCGGCGGCGGCAUGGGCAAGUUCCUGCCCAAAACUAUCCAGGAUAGCCACGGCAAGGCCGGCGAACGCUCGGAUGGCGUGAAUCUCCUCUCCAAGUGGCAGAGUCAGCACAAGGGUGGUGUCCUGGUGAGCAAUCGCAAGCAGCUGUUGAGUGUCAACGUCUCGGCGGUAGGAAAUAUCAUCGGCCUGUUCCAGUCCCAGCUGAUGAAGUUCCAUAUCGACGCCGAUGAGACAUAUCAACCCACUUUGUCCGAGCUCACCGAAGUGACUAUCAAGAAGUUGAGCCAGAAUGAGAAUGGCUACUUUGCCUUCAUCGAAGGCGGACUCAUUGACUACGGCAAUCACUAUACCCAGGCAGGCUAUGCGCUAGACGAGGCCUUGGAGUUCGAGAAGGCCAUUCAGCUGGCCCGCGACAUCACAGACAUAGAAGAUACCCUUAUUGUGGUAACCGCUGAUCAUGGACACGCGGUGAGCAUUGCCGGCUAUCCAGGACGCGGCACCGACAUCCUGGGCAUCAACCGACAUGACACAGAUAUCAAUGGAGUGCAGUACUCUGUGCUGAACUAUGCGGCUGGUCCCAACCAAUAUCUGGAUGAGAACGGUCAGCGUAUACCUCUAGACGGUAUUUUGGGAGACGUUGACUCUAUAGCCCCCAGCUACAUUCCCAAGGAUCAGGGCGUUCACUCUGGCGAGGAUGUCGGUAUCUGGGCCUCCGGUCCGCAGAGCUAUCUCUUUACCGGUGUGAUGCAACAAAGCACAAUUCCACAUCUCAUGGCAUAUGCAUCCUGCAUUGGCAAUGGCCAGAAGUUCUGCGACAAGACUGCAUAAGGAAUCCAACACCUAAAAAUAAAUACUUACAAAAAAAUGAGCAUUCAAGAAGCAAA